AUGGUUGAAAGACAGUACAAAGGAUAUUACAACAGGCCAUAUAGCAGAUACAGAGCUAGGAGCAAUUUUCAAAAGAAUAACAACGAAGGAUAUGCUGAGCAAGAUAUGGAUGGAGAUGAUAGAAAUAUAACUAACAGAACUCCAUCUCCAUCUCCUUCAUUUUCAUCGUCUUCAUUGAAUGACUUCAAGACUGCUCCAAUAGCAUCAAAAAAAAAGUACUAUGGUAAAUCAUCAAAAUAUAAUAACAACCAUAGUAAUUUUCAUCAUAAAGAUAACGAUUCAAACAGUUAUAAAAACAGUAAUGGUGGGAACAAAUCACAUUAUAUUUAUAACAGAGACAAGGAAUUGAUUAAUGAUUCAAGCUCAAAAACAAAGAGAUAUUUAAGGUUUAAUAGUAGUAGCGGCAAUAAUCAUAAAGCUGAAAAUAAUAGUGAGGAAUAUGGAUUGAUCAGUAGAAAUAAUGAUAACAAUAAAUUGCAGAAAUCAUAUGAAUUGAGGAUCAAAUACUUUGAGAAAAUUCAAAGGGAUUUUUUGAAAAGUAUAACAGAAAACAAAAACAAAGAAUUAAAUAGAUUAUUUGAAGAUAGUGAAACUGAAAGAGAUACAGAAAAAGAUCAGGCAACGGAAAAGGAGAUGCAAAUACAAAAUAGUGGAAGCAAGCAUAAAAAUCAAAUAAAAAGUACAAAUAAUGUUGAAGUUAAAACUGAGAAAGAAAAUGCUGUUGAAAAGACACUAUUUGAAUUAAGAAUCUUGAGAGAAAGCUUAUUGAACAAUGAAAUCGAUGAGUUUACAAUAAAAGUGUAUUUAUAUUCAAUUAAAAUUGCAGUCAGUUUGGGAUACUACGAAACUUAUUUGCCCUCAAUAUUAUUUUUGAUCUCCAAUGUUAUAAAUAACGACGAUAAACAAAUGUUAUUAAUGGAGUACGAAAUUAAAGAGAUUAUAAGUAUCUAUAUUCUACACCUAUUGCAUUUCAACAAUAGAAUUAAUAAAACAGAUGAAAUACACAACAUUCAAGAAUUGAAUGAGAUUUUUAGUAACGAUCUUAAUAUCAAUCUUUGCUACAAGUUAUACUAUAGAUAUGAGAUUAAUGACAACGUUAUACUAAGUUUUAUCAACUCAAUCAGUGCAAGAAGCUUCUACAAAUGGUUUGAGACAUAUAAAAUAUUGGAAACCAAUUUAAACCUAAGUUAUUUGAACCUAUUGAGAAAAUUUGGCAUUAACAUGAAUAUAAUUUAUUUGAUCUUUCAUAUAAACAGCUGCUAUCCCCGGAUCAAGAUCAGUGAUUUUGAAAAGGAUUUCCUAUUAAAUGUAGAAGAUAUUGAUCUUGACUACAUUGUCGACAAGUACGGAUCAGCCAGGUCCAGGUUGAAAUUGUGUAAUCAUUGGAUAAUCGACAGAGAGAACAAUUACAUAGUGAUUAAAGAGAAAUCCCAAAAAAGGAAAUAA